UAACUUUUUUUAAAGAAGGUUCAUGAGUAUAUUUUAAAUUCGCAUAAAUUUAAGUUUAGGUGACUGUAGUUUAGGUAGAGAUCGCUGAUGUUAUGAAUGCGUCAGAGACUACUAUACUAUAGCGCGCGAAAAUUGAGUAGUUGGUAGAGUGUAUGCUCAUUUACUUGUAGGUUAGAGUCGUGGCUAUUAGUCAUUAAACUGUUUAUCUAGUUAUCAUGAAUGAAGAAGAGUUUCAGGAAAUAACGUGUGCUGAAGAUUUUGGGCAAUCAUUUUUGAACUCUGACAACAGCGAGAAUUUGACCUUGUGUUCAAAUGUUCCUGCUCUGUGCACAGAAGAACCAUGUAUUCUCGGCGUUGAUGAAGCUGGCAGGGGACCUGUUCUUGGUCCCAUGGUAUAUGGUGUCAGCUAUUGCCCAAAGAGCAAACAAGACAUUUUGAAUGAUCUAGGAUGUGCUGACUCCAAAAGUCUUACAGAAGAAAAAAGAGAAGAUAUUUUUAAAAAAAUUUGCAGUGAACGCGAUACCAUUGGCUGGAUUGUUGAAGCUAUAUCACCAAAAACUAUCUGCAAUAAUAUGCUUAAGAGGCAAAAGUAUUCUUUAAAUCAGAUUGCUCAAGAUUCAACAGUGCAUCUCAUAAACAGUGCGUGUGCAAAAGGUGUUAGAAUUGCAGAAGUGUAUGUUGACACAGUUGGAAUGCCAGAAAAGUACCAGGCAAAGCUUUCUGCUAUAUUUCCUGAACUUAAGAUCACUGUGGCAAAGAAGGCUGACGCUACAUAUCCUAUUGUUAGUGCUGCUAGCAUAUGUGCUAAAGUUUCUAGAGACCGGGCACUUUCAGUAUGGAAGUUCACAGAAGGGUUGGAACUAACAGCUAAAGAAUUUGGAAGUGGAUACCCCAAUGACCCAGUAACUAAAAAGUUUUUAAUAGAGAACAUUGACCCGGUAUUUGGAUUUCCACAACUUGUUAGAUUUAGCUGGUCGACUGCAGAUAAAAUAUUGCAAGAAAAUGCUGUGCAAGUUGAGUGGGAAGAAGAAGAUGACAAUGCUGAAGCAGACAAAUCAAAUACAAGCAUUACUUCAUUUUUCCAAGUUGAGAAGAAAAAGAAGAGAUCUAAACAUCCAUUUUUUGUACAUAGAAAUCUCUCAAAUCUUGAAACGAUGUGAUUAAAAGUGUAUCACAUAA